CCCAGUAAUCAUUUCAUCCAACUUACAUUAAAGUUUCGUUUGCAUUUUACACUAGAUAAUCCAAUGGCAUCACAUCAAGAAGUUAGGAGCAAGGAACAGAAGGCGGAGACCGCUGCAAGGGCUGCCGCCGACGAGCUAAGGGACGUCAAUCGUCAGAGACAGAUAGGUGGCGGCGGCGAUGUUGUAGUAGUCGAACGCCGUGAACAGAUACAAACUGAUGAAGGUCGACCUGGUAUUGUUAGCAGUAUAAUUCAAACCGUCACUGGUACCUUAGGCCAGGCUAAGGAUGCUUUCACCGGGAAAACCCAUGACGCGACGGAGAAGACAGCGGAGGUUAGUGGGGAAGCUGCUGAGAGAGGGAAACGGAUCGGAGAGGAGACAAAAGAGAAGGCUGGAGAAUACAAAGACUAUACAGCACAGAGAACAAAGGAAGCUGCGGAUGUUACAGCAGAGAAGGCAAAAACAGGCAAGGAUGCAACAAUGGAGAAGGGAAGACAGAUCGCUGAUAAGACGGGAGAGUACAAAGACUACGCAGCGCAGAAAGCUAAGGAAGCUGCGGAUGCUACAGCAGAGAAGGCGAAAGAAGGUAAGGAUGUAACAAUGGAAAAGGCUGGAGAAUACAAGGAUUAUGCGGCGGAGAAGGGAAGACAAGUCGCCGAUAAGGGAGGAGAAUACAAAGACUACGCAGCACAGAAGACGAGGGAAGCUAAGGAUACAACAAUGGACAAAGCCGGAGAGUAUAAGGACUAUGCAGCGCAGAAGGCAAAGGAAGCCAAAGACACGACAAUGGAGAAGACAGGAGAGUACAAGGAUUACGCAGCACAGAAGGGGAGGGAAGCGGCUAACAAGGGCGUAGAAUACAAAGACUACACUGCACAGAAAACGAAGGAGACGGCGGAUGUCACGGCGGAGAAGGCGAAAGAAGCUAAAGACACGACUAUGGAGAAACUAGGAGAGUACAAGGACUAUACUGCACAGAAAACAAAGGAGGCUGCCGAUUACACUGCUGAUAAAGCUAUAGCCGCUAAAGAUUACACAGUGGACAAGGCGGUGGCAGCGAAGGAUUAUACAGUCGAUAAGGCGGUUGCUGCCAAAGAUUACACGGCGGAGAAAGCAAAAGCAGCCAAGGACGCGACGGUGGAUAAAAUGGGGGAGUACAAAGAUUAUGCUGCUCAAAAAGCAGUUGAGGCCAAGGAUUACACCGUUGAUACGGCGGCAGCCACCAAGGAUUACACCGUCGACAGGGCGGCAGCCACCAAAGACUACACCCUUGACAAAGCGGCGGCCACUCGAGACUACACGGCGGAGAAGGCAAAAGCAGCCAAGGAUGCAACCGUGGAUAAAAUGGGGGAGUACAAAGAUUAUGCUGCUCAAAAAGCUGCUGAAGCUAAGGAUUACACCGUCGAUACGGCGGCAGCUACCAAGGAUUACACCGUCGACAAAGCUGCGGCAACCAAGGACUACACCCUUGACAAGGCGGCGGCUACUCGAGACUACACAGCGGAGAAGGCAACAGAAGGGAAGAAUGUAACUGUGGGGAAGGCGACGGAGUUGAAAGACGCCGCCGCUGAAGCUGCCAGGAAAGCCAUGGAUUUAUUGACUGGAAAGAAAGAGGAAACCAAAGGGAAGCUUUCUGAAACCAGUGGCGCCACAAAGGAAAUGUUUGAUAAUCGAACCAAGGAGGAUGCAAGGAAGCGAAUGGAGUCGAUGAACCUGAAAGAACAUGGUGGAGAUAAUACGGUGGAGGUGAUGGAGGUGGAAGUGGAGGAUAUCUCGCCGUUGGGAACAGGGUUGCUGGCAGCGGUGGACGUGGAUGACACCCCAUUAGGUACGAGGGGCGGAGGUACUCGGGCAAGUCCGGUGACGGAUGCAAGGAGAUGAGCCACGGCGGCGAUCGUGGACUGUGAAUUUGCAUGAAUUGAUGUGUUGAUUUUGCGUUUUGUAGUUGAUGUUUCUCUAUGAAAGAACUUAUAUAAAUUAAGUAUUGUGUG